AUGUGGUUGAUUUUGGGAGUGGCUCUUGCAAUAUAUUUCCUACACCAAGUGGUUCAUAGUGUGCUUCCACACUUUUUUCUUGUUCCACCUCAAAGAUGGCAGGAUCAAUUUCUUAAAGUGCUCAAUUAUGCAAAACCUAUCUAUCUCACCACGACUUACAAGAGAUCUAGCGUGCGUAGAAGAUUGAUUCUUGCUAGCUUUGUACCUUCCUAUUACACUAAUUAUCGAAACAAUAAGCUCAAAAUUGCGCCAAGAGAUGUCGAAGCGAAAGAAGAAUUUAUGAGGGAAACAAGAAGAAGGGAUGUGGAUGACCCACAAAGAAGAUUGUUGUACGGGUUCUUCCACCCAUAUGCAAAUAACGGCGGCGGUGGUGAAAAAGUGCUUUGGGAAGCAGUCAAGGCUACAUUGAACGCAAAUAGUAAAAACAUAUGUGUUAUUUAUACAACAAAUUUGGACGCCGAGCCAUUGGAGAUACUCGGAAAGACAGAGAGCAAAUUUCAAAUAACGGGACUCGACUCUUCGCGUAUUGUGUUCAUUUAUCUACGGAGAUUUGGUCACUUGAUUGAUUCGGCAUAUUGGAAACGAUUCACAAUAAUUGGACAAUUAUUUGGUACUGGGUUGCUCAGCUUGGAAGCGUGCUUUGAAGUGUCUCCUGAUGUAUGGGUGGACACAAUGGGGUUACCCAGUAGUUUUCUUGUUGCGAAUAAAGUUUUGAAAAUACCAAUUAUUGCCUACGUUCAUUACCCAAUCUUGCAAGAAGAUAUGUUCAACAAGCUCAAAUAUCAGAAACUUGGGGAGGUUUUGCACAUCAGAUCCAUAAAUGAUUUUAUCGCUUACGGAAAGUUUCUCUACUGGACCGCAUUGUACUACUUUUAUGUCUACUUGGGAUCACUAGUUGAUAUUACCUUGGCGAACGGAUCUUGGACGUAUAGUCAUCUUGACAAAAUAUGGUCUUUCAAUAAGGCAUUAGGAAAUAAACUUGAGGUGUUAUAUCCUCCGUGUGGCACCGAGUAUCUUACAUCAACAGCAUCAACAACAGCACCAUCAACAGCACCAUCAAUAGCACCAUCAAUAGCACCAUCAACAGCACCAGCAAUCUCAUUACUCGAAAAAGAUAAGCUUGAAGUCAGGGAAAACAAACUCUUAUAUUUGGCCCAAUUUAGACCGGAAAAACGUCAUAUAUUGGUUUUAAAGGAAUACCAACAAUUUUUGGCCAACGAGUUUCCCAAUGUUGAGACUUCCAAGGGAAAUGGUAGUAUUCCAACGUUAGUAUUUGCUGGGUCAUGCCGAACAUCUGAUGAUACGGCAACCCUAGAGAUUCUCAAGCUGCAAGUUGAGAUGCUUAAGUUGGAACGGUUUGUCACUUUUGAGGUCGAUAUCCCAUAUAGUCGAGUGGUUGAGCUCUUGACAACAUGCAAGUUUGGUUUAAAUGCAAUGUGGAACGAGCAUUUUGGUAUAGGAGUUGUGGAGUAUAUGGCUAAAGGCUGUAUACCUAUAGUUCACGCAUCAGCAGGUCCAUACCUUGACAUUGUGGGGGCCAAAACCAACAGUGAACAACUGCAACAAUCUCAGCCACAGCCAGGUUUUUUUUUCAAAUCUUAUGCUGAUCCAGACUUUGAUCCUAAAUUACAAGAACCAGAGGACGAGAAUGGGAAACUAGCAUUCCAAGUCAAUGGAAAAAAAGUAUUGUUUCCUACAUUGGAAAAUCUUUUGCAAGAUAUAUUUGUUCUCAAUAGUAUAAAUGCAGAUGCAUUAGUUUUCGAGGAAAAGUUGCGAAACAUGAGGUUGCAAGGUCAGGAGUUGGUGCGCGAGAAGUUUUCCAAUGCCAAGUUCGAUGCUUCGUGGACACACCAUUUAGAGACGCUUGAUAUACUUGAGAAAGAAUACAGAAAUGAGAGACGUGGCAAGCUUGAAAAAGUGUACUAA